AUGGCCCCCAUCAGCAGACCUGAGCCGCCCGAGGGCAACAAUCCUUUUCCUCGAAGAAUCCAUACCCCGAUUCCCUUCCUCUCAGGUGAAAGCGACAGUGUAGCCUCAUCGAAACCGGCCAAGCCUGGACGUCGAGAAUCGAGACUCGGCAUUCGAACCCUCUUCGGACGCUCUUCCAGACUACACAAGGGCGAGGAAAGCCUGCGCUCACCCAGCUCGCUCAAUUCGCUCAACUCGGCCAAGGCAUCUCCUCGAUCUGGAGGCUUUCGAGCGUCUCUCGCAGAUAUGAACUGGCCGUAUGGACAGCAGGUCAAGUCUGAACUCGCCCUUCCCAUGGCCAACUACCCGUGGGACUCCCCUCGCGAGAAGCCUGACGACGGCCGAGAUGCACAAUCCCGCAGCCCUGCCAAUGGUGCUGCUCUCGCUGCCGCCGCCGCCGCUGCUGCUGCUUCCUCAGGAAAACGUACGCCUGGCAUGAGCAUUGCCAAGCAGCCCCGUCCGACUCUCGCCACUUGGACAUUACCAACCUUGUUCCGGGCUUACCAACAGGCACACAAGCAACAGUCUCUUGCCGCCGUUUCUCUGCCAAUCGAGGCUCUUAUGAAGCUGGGCGAAAAGACGAGCGUCGAGAUUAUUGCGCCUCUCUCCCAAACAGACAUGAAUGUAAGCGGCAGCGGCGGUGGCGCCGCCAGCACUAGCACUGGUGACAAAUUCAGGAGAAGGAACCGCGGCGAUUCUCUAUCCACUACGAACCUCCCAUGGACGACCAAGAUUUACAUCCUUGCGACAGCUGGCUAUCUGCUUCAGUAUACCGGUGAUGGAGCCAUUGAUAGAGUGCCCGAGAAGGUGCUGCGGCUGGGCAAGUCGUCGGCCGCCUUUGCCACCGACUUGAUUCCGGGUCGCCAUUGGGUGCUGCAGGUUUCGGCGACUACAGAAGACGACAGAGUAUCUACAACCGAGUCACGGUCUCUUCUUUCCAAACUAUCCUUUCGAACUUCGGAAAAACGCUACACGUCCAAUAUGCUCAUGGUCUUUGAGAGCGCCGAGGACAUGGAUGACUGGAUGACGAGUUUGCGCGCCAUGAUCGAGCAGCUUGGUGGCAAAAGGAGCCUCUCAGAGGCUGGAUUGCCCAAGGAAUUUGAUAGCAAGGAAACCGAUUCCAAGGAGAGUAGCUUCGACGGCAUCUAUCUUCGCGAAAAGAAAAGCCAAGGAAACCUCAUUGACAAGGAAGCCAUUCGAUCGACACAAGUCGUUGCUGCAAACCCCUCGCCUGUCCUGCAACAAGGCCAUGGCCGAAGGGUUUGCGAUUAUUCCAUUCCCGUCAUCGACUUCGAUUCCGUUACCCAUGACAUGACCAGUGACGACAAGUCAACAACAAAUAGCGUCGUCUCCCACGACGGUCGCCAACUAGACAACCUCCGGGACAGCUCUCAUCGGCUGUCGCUCCUCUCCUCUGGCCAACGAACCAUCUUGACGUCGACCACCUCUUCACCAGCCGAUUCCCCAAUCCGCGAGAGAUUUCCCCUGCCAGCAGACAUCACCACUAUUCCAGAGACUGCCCAGCCAAGGCCCAACGGCAGUGUCAUUAUGAACCGGCGAGUGUCGCUACAGACCAUGGCGCCAUUCAUUGGAGAGAUUGGUGAUGGCAUGUCCGAACUCGGCCAAUUCCCCUCUCCGCCUUGGGUCAAAACUGAGCCACCAUCUCCUUCCGACCCCCGCGGUACUCAUGGCUUUGGUGCCUCCUCAAUCCAACAAGUGGGUCGUCGAUACAUCAAGCUCACUUCUGCUCUGGACCCAAGUGGCCUCCCUCCAUCGCCAACCACUGUCGGACCUCGGGUCUCGCUGCGUAAACUGUCAAACAUUCGCACGGGACGUCCCUUGUCCACGGUUGAAGACCAGCCAUCCCCAAAGGAGAGCGCCAUGCCGGAGAGGCCUGUGACGAGCCACCACGCCGAGACUCGGUCGCAGGUGUCGUCUGCAGAUGCACCUAGAGUACCCAAGCUACCUCGUGGCCGGCUCGUGUCCGUACCCAACGUUCCCCAGAUGCUGGGACGGCGUCUGAGCUUGGUACACAAGGAAUCUCGAAGCCGCAGCCCUGGGCUUCAAGCCGACGGCGCACAACAAGCUUAUCCUGAGCUGCGAUCUACGUUUGAAGACGAUAGCCCGCUAGCAUCGCCCGUGUCUGAGAAACUGUACCAUACAUUACCGUCUCAUAUCGCAGCUGCUUGGGGUGACAGGGUUAGGAGGAACCGAACCUCUGUAGAGGUUGACGGCGAAUCAACACGGAGCUUUUCCCUGGGAUUUUCAUGGGCUUCCAGACCUAAGCGAGCCAGCAUCGCGUCUGCCUUUUCCGAAUGGUCGGCCCCUGGCGAUGUACGCCCGAUCGACACCAUUGCAGAGACGCCUCCACUCUCGCCGCCUCCAACAGGUCCUCUUCCUCCGAUUCCCUCGUCGAGACCCUCGUCUUCUUGCAGCAACCAGGCCCAGAUGAUGGGUCGCAAGAAGAGCAUGCCACGGAUGGCGAUGCCACCACCGGCACCACCACCGACGUGUGCCCUGCCACCAAUCCCGCAGAAGCAAACGGCCCAGGUGUAA